AUGAUGGUCCUGUACCACAAACUCUUCGGCACCAAACGUACCAUGCAGAUUGCGAUUUACACAACUCUUGCCAUUGUUUGGGCAUGGGGACUGAGCAUUAUCCUCGAAUCCUUCCUUAUUUGCCAGCCCGUUGAGUUCAACUGGAAUCCCAUGCUACCGGGUGGUGGAUGUGGGAAUCGCAAUGCAGCUUUCGUGGUGGCUGGAGUACUCAACAUGGUCACCGAUCUCAUGGUCAUGUCACUUCCAAUUCCCUACAUCUGGCAGUUACAGUUGCCAAUAGGACGUAAGGUUGGUCUAUCGAUGGCAUUCUCACUGGGAUUCUUUGUUAGUGCAAUUAGCAUGGUUCGUGUUGUCAGCCUUAUGCGCAUUGACUUUGACGACGUCACAUACACCCUUCCCAUCCCCUUGAUGUGGAGUAUGGUUGAGCAGCAACUCGCCAUCGUCGCUGCAAAUCUCCCCCUUCUUCGCCGCGUGUUCUCGGCCGUUGUUCCUGGAAGUUGGCUGGCUUCAUUCUCCCGUGGGACCGCAACGGUAUCUGGGGAUAUGGGUAGCAAGAACCGUUUGGAGCAGAAUUAUUGUCUCACUCGGAUGAAUGUGCGGGCCAACAAAAGCGCGGGUAAAUUAGAGAGCACCAAGUCUCCGAGGUAUAAUGUCCAAUCGAAGUGGAGUGAUGAUGACGGGCAGUCAGAUACUGAGCUAGCAGUGCACGGCAUGCCACCAGACGGGAUCCAUAUGUGGAAGGGUUUCCGCGUCGACUCGGCUAGAUAG